CAGAUAACCCUCCAACGCCUCUUUCCCCUCACCCAUCUCCCCCUCCCCGCUAAAAUGAGCGUCUCCGUGACUCCCGAGCAGCUCGCCGCGCUCCGCGCGACACUGUUGAACACGAGCGGCUCGACGCCGCUGCACGAGCGCUUCCGCGCCCUCUUCAUGCUCAAGGCCGUCGGCGGCGACGAGGUCAUCGCCAUCAUCGCCGAGGGCCUCAAGGACGACUCGGCGCUGCUCAAGCACGAGCUCGCGUACGUCCUUGGCCAGCUCAAGUCGACGACGGCCGUCCCGAUUCUCGAGGACGUGCUCGUCAACCCCGAGGGCAAGCACUGCGCCAUGGUGCGCCACGAGGCGGCCGAGGCGCUCGGCGCCAUCUCGAGCCAGAGCUCCCUGCCCGUCCUCCGCAAGUACCUUGACGACCCGGCGCGCGAGGUGCGCGAGACGUGCGAGAUCGCCGUCGCCAAGAUCGAGUACGACCACACCCCGGAGGGGCAGGCCCGCAAGCCCAACCCCGACUUCCCCACCAUCGACCCUGCCCCCUCCUCGACCAAGGAGCCCGUCGAGGACCUCCGCGCCGCCCUCUUGAACACCAAGCUUCCUCUCUUCGAGCGCUACCGCGCCAUGUUCGCGCUGCGCGACUACGGUGGUGCUGAGCGCGACGCCGUGCGCGCACUGGCCGAGGGCUUCGGCGACAGCUCCGCGCUGUUCCGCCACGAGAUCGCGUACAUCUUCGGGCAGCUGAGCUCGCCCCACUCGAUUCCGUCGCUCCUGCGCGUGCUGCGUGACGACGCCGAGGAAGAGAUGGUGCGGCACGAGGCGGCUGAGGCGCUCGGCGGCAUUGCGAGCGACGGCGCCGACGCCGAGAUCGACCCCCGCGACGACCCCCUGCCCGAGGGCGGCGUGCUCGCCAUUCUCCGCGACUGGGCUGUGAAGGAGGACGCGCCUCAGGUCGUGCGCGAGAGCUGCCAGGUCGCUAUCGACAUGUGGGAGUAUGAGAACAGCACCGACCAGUUCAACCCUCUCGACAAGCUCGCCACUGACAAGGCGUACACCACCGGCAUGGAGCGCAGUGCGCACGCCGCCGUCGCCGCUGCCAUGGCCUAGUUCGGUCACACGUCGUUGUUCUUAGAUCUUGCUUCCCCUUUAGAUGUACUUCAUGCAUGUACUUAUCUCCUG